AUUUCACACAAUUUUAUGUGUUAGAAAUUUUACCAGUUAUAUUACAUUAACACAAAAUUUUUACAAGUAUUUAAUAGGAAUUUUUAUAACUAGUUAUAACUAAAUACUAAUUAAAACUUUUAAUUAAAGAUAUACUUAUGGCUCAUAUAAGAGAUGAUGACUGUUCUCAGGACGGGUGUACAGUAGAGCACCGACACUACCCCACGUCCACGUCAUAUGAUGAGAGGUCUAUGAGCUCCGGUAGUAUAGUGGGUGACAGACACCACCUGAUGCCCACCAUCACCGACCGGGUGUCCCAUUCGAUGCAUAAUAUAAUUAACGGAACUCUCGAUUUAAAACGACGGAAACGUAAAGCCAAUCCCAUUCCCGCUGAGAAUAAAGAUGAUUCUUAUUGGGAGCGUAGGAAACGUAACAACGAGUCGGCCAAACGGUCCCGUGAGGUGAGACGGGUCAAGGAGUACCAGUCAAACGCACGGCUUAUGUAUCUCGAGGAGGAAAACAUUAAAUUGAGGGCAGAAGUGAAUACAUUACGGGACGAAAUUGGCAAAUUGAGACAGAUGCUACAUUGCAAUGGCUGCUCUAAUCAUUCAUGAUCAUUUUUAUAUUUAUAUUAUAGGCUGAUACUAUAGAUACAUACCAUUGAUUAAUGCAAUUACUUUUGAAAUAUUUAUUACAAACAUCCUUAUUUAAAUGCUUUUUAUAUAAUAUGUGAAAAUAAAUUUUGAAAUAUACAAAAACCUUCCAC